GCCGCGCAGCGCCUCACACCGCUCAGGUCCGCUCAGGUGCGCCUCGCAUGAUGUCACAGAUGCGCGUGACGGAGCGCACGCUCCGCGAGCGGCUCUUCCUCCUGCUCGUGUGUCUGUCCGUGCUGAAGGGGGACGCCAGGUACAUCGAGAACAACGAGAUCUCAAAAGAUGAUUUAUACUCAUUUUUCAACCCCGAACCCAAGAGAGAAAUACCAGAGGAGUUAUUGUACCGCCGACCUUUGCGCUGUCUGGACAUGGUCGCAGUGGAGGGUCAGUUCACCUUCACGGCCGAGCGUCCUCAGCUCAGCUGUGCCGCCUUCUUCACGGCAGAGCCCAAUGAAGUGAUCACGGUGGAUUACGACAACGUCGACAUCGACUGCAGAGGAGGAGACUUCAUCACAGUGUUUGACGGCUGGGUGAUGAAGGGAGAGAAGUUCCCCAGCUCCCAGGACCACCCUCUGCCCGUGUACGAGCGCUACGUGGAUUACUGCGACUCGGGCUCACUGAGGAAGAGCGUGCGCUCCUCUCAGAACGUGGCCAUGGUCUUCUUCCGCAUCCACAACGCCGGCAGCAGCUUCACCCUGACAGUCAGGAAGCACAUCAACCCCUUCCCCUGUAAUGUCAUCUCACAGUCACCAGAGGGCAGUUACACAAUGGUGAUCCCACAGCAGCACAGAAACUGCAGCUUCUCCAUCAUAUAUCCAGUGGAGAUCGACGUCUCAGAGUUCAGCCUGGGACACUACAACAACUUCCCCAAGAGGUCCAUUCCCGGCUGCGGGGAGUCUGGGGACUUCGUGCAGCUCCUGGGAGGAAACGGCAUCGACACGUCGAAGCUGUAUCCCAUCACCGACCUCUGCAUCACGUUCACGGGACCCACCCACAUGAAGAUCGGCUGCGAGAACACGGUGGUGAGGAUGGUGUCGAGCGGGAGGUUCGUCAACCGGGUGUCGUUCAGCUACAGGCUACUGGACAGCCAAGAGCUGCAGAGCAUCAAGCUCAACAACGUGGAAGAUUUCUGCUUCAGCAACUAAAUCCACUUUUCUCCACCGAACAUUUUUGUUUAUCAACUAUAUUUUGAAAGCAGCAGAUCCAUCCUCUGGUUGCAUACAACAUCGUGAGCCACAAAAAAUAAGGUUGUGCCAUAAAAAUAUUACCAGACUUUACUUUGUUGUUGCUUUUCUUUUAACCUUUUUGUCUUUUGACCGACUCACAUCGUUGCUAAAUAAAUCCCAAUGAAUUUUCUUUUGUGUUAACUAGGAUUGCGAAUUUUAUUUAUUCUGUGUACAUUAAGAGGGCAGGACUUUGGGUUGUGACAUUACGGGUUUAUGAGGAGACUUGAUGGUGCUAAAAUGAAUGUUUGACGAGAGAAACGUGAUGCCCUGAGUCGUUUCCUAUAGAUAUCAAGGGUAGAGGUUGGAGAACGAUGACAAAUACUGAUACUUAUUGUCAUGAAGCAGUAAAAUUUGAUAAAAA